AGAGAUCAAGAGCAUCCAGUAGGUCAGAAAACAACAAUUGAGAAAUUGUCAUAACAGCACACGUUGAAAAUGAGAUAAAUGGAAGCGUGUUGCGAAUCAGGGUAUGCAGUUCAAAGUCCAAAAUGGACACCGAGUUGAGUUGUCACUUUGCACUCGACUUGACACAUACUUACCACUCACUGUGGUGGUGGUGGAGUGGAGUGGAGGUGGUCCUCCCAGUCUAAUUAUAGUUCUGAACCCUACUCCACUCAACUCAACUCCGGGUUUGUGCUCUCAUUGUCUCCCGCUAGUUAAUUAAAAUCCCAUCUUCUAUUCUGUUCACUUCACCAAUCACCACACCACACACAUUCCAUGCCUUCAUCUCUUUUCUUUCUUCCCUGCUUCAAUUGAAUUUAUUAUAACAUUCACAAACCAAACCAAAACGCAUCGUACAUUACAACUGCAGUCUGCAUGCAGCAGCAGCUAGUCUAUCACGACCACCACGGGUUCCGGUUCUGGAUGAAUCUGCUGAGCUUGUGCCUGUGCCUGUGCCUGUGCCUUGCAUUGCACAGAGCACCAGGGGAAGGAGCUUCCAGACAUGACAACGUCGUCGUCAAUGUCGGUGCCAUAUUCACUCUGAAGACUAUAAACGGAAAAGUCUCCAAGAUUGCCAUCGAAGCUGCACAGAAAGAUGUCAAUUCCGAUCCUCGCAUCUUGGGUGGACGUAAACUUUCCAUAACCAUCCAUGAUUCUAACUUCAGUGGCUUUCUAGGCUUUAUUGGGGCCCUCAGGUUCUUGAUGACUGAUACUGUAGCUAUAAUUGGUCCACAAAAUUCAGUAAUGGCCCAUGUGCUUUCGCAUCUUGCAAAUGAGCUCCAAGUUCCUCUGCUAUCUUUCACGGCUUUGGAUCCCACCCUCACACCUCUUCAGUGUCCUUAUUUUGUCCAAACUGCACCCAGUGACCUGUUUCAGAUGACUGCAGUUGCUGACGUGAUAAGUUAUUUUGGUUGGAGGCAGGUCAUUGCAGUUUAUAGCGAUGAUGAUCAGAGUCGAAACGGGGUAGCUGUCUUGGGGGACAAACUUGCUCUCAGACGCUGUCAAUUGUCUUACAAAGCAGCACUGCCCCCGGAUCCAACCGCCACUGCAGGUCAUGUUACUGAUCAAUUGCUCAAGAUAAGAAGCAUGGAAGCUCGAAUAAUUGUUGUGCACACCUACGCCAUUACAGGUGCCUUGGUUUUCGACAUGGCUCAAAAACUAGGGAUGAUGAGCAAAGGCUAUGUCUGGAUAGCUACUGCUUGGUUAUCAACUGUUUUAGAUUCAACUUCACCUUCAUCGCUUCCUUUAAAUACUUCUAACUCAAUUCAAGGCGUUCUUACACUUCGCCCUCACACCCCUCAGUCAAGAAAGAAGCAGGCAUUUAUCUCGAGGUGGAACCACAUAAGUAAUGGCUCAAUUGGGUUAAAUCCAUAUGGCCUGUAUGCUUAUGAUUCUGUUUGGAUGAUUGCUCAUGCAUUAAAAUUAUUUUUUGAUCAGAAUCAAACCAUUUCCUUCUCUAAUAAUACAAAUUUAAGUGGCACCAGGGAAGAGACUACUCUGAAUCUUGGUGCUCUGCACGUUUUUGAUGGAGGGAAACAGUUACUUGAUAACAUAUUGCGCAUUAAUAUGACUGGGUUGACAGGACCUAUUCAAUUUGUUUCAGACAGAUCUCCUUUACAUCCAUCAUAUGACAUCCUUAAUGUACUUGCUACUGGUUAUAGGAGAAUUGGAUACUGGUCUAAUUAUUCAGGGCUCUCUGUAAUAUCCCCUGAGAAACUUCACACUAAGCCUGCCAAUCGUUCAAUUUCGAACCAGCGUCUACACCGUGUCAUAUGGCCUGGAAAUACAACAGAAAAGCCUCGUGGGUGGGUUUUCCCAAAUAAUGGAAGGCAACUCAGAAUUGGAGUUCCCAACAGAGUUAGUUAUGGGGACAUGGUGUCACAAACAAAUGGCACCACUGCAGUUCAAGGAUAUUGCAUAGAUAUAUUCUUGGCCGCCAUAAAAUUGCUCCCAUAUGCAUUUCAAUAUAAGUUUGUUCUGUUUGGAGAUGGACAUAAGAACCCGAGCUACUAUGAUCUUGUCAAUAUGAUUACUUCUGAUUCUUUUGAUGCUGUUGUGGGUGACAUUGCUAUUGUCACUAGCCGGACAAAGAUUGUGGAUUUUACUCAACCAUUUAUAGAGUCAGGUUUAGUUGUGGUUGCUCCGGUGAAAAAGUUGAAGACAAGUGCUUGGGCUUUCUUGAGACCGUUUACUCCACAGAUGUGGGGUGUCACUGCACUUUUUCUCCUUCUUGUUGGAAUAGUGGUGUGGAUUCUUGAACACAGAACAAAUGAUGAGUUUCGGGGGCCUCCAAAGAAACAGAUGGUUACGAUUCUUUGGUUUAGUUUCUCAACCAUGUUCUUUGCGCAUAGAGAAAACACAGUUAGUACACUUGGUCGUGUUGUGUUGAUAAUCUGGCUUUUUGUGGUUCUGAUAAUCAAUUCAAGCUACACAGCAAGCUUGACAUCAAUUCUGACUGUGCAACAGCUGUCCUCGCCCAUAACAGGAAUUGACACUUUGAUAUCCAGCAACCUACGUGUAGGGUUCCAAGUAGGAUCAUUUGCUGAAAAUUACCUGAACGAGGAACUCAACAUUGCAAAACAUAGACUCGUUCCACUUGGCUCACCAGAAGAAUAUGUUAUUGCUCUUGAGAAGGGAAUCGUUGCAGCAGUGGUAGAUGAACGACCCUAUGUUGAACUCUUCCUGUCAAACCACUGCAAAUUCUCAAUUAGGGGCCAAGAGUUCACCAAAGGUGGAUGGGGAUUUGCAUUUCCGAGGGAUUCUCCUUUAGCAAUUGAUAUGUCAACUGCCAUUCUGAGUCUAUCUGAGAAUGGUGAACUUAGGAGGAUCCGUGAAAAGUGGCUUUCGGAAAAGGCUUGUGGUUUUCGUAAUAAUGAGGAUGAGCAGCUUCAAUUACAUAGCUUUCGGGGCUUGUUUCUGAUCUGUGGCAUAACAUGUUUCCUGGCGCUUCUUAUCUACUUCUUUUCAAUAGUACGCCAAUUCAGUCAAAACACUCCUCACAAAGACAGAUCACGCAUCCAGACUUUUCUAAAUUUUGUUGAUGAAAAAGAAGACAUAUCACACAACCAAUUAAAAAGAAAAGUUGAGGAUAUUUCAUCAGAUGCUUAUUCCAGAGAAAGUCAUUUGAGGAGCAUAGAUCAGAGGGCACAAAUGGAUAAAUCCCAAGAGGCUCCUUUGGCUUGACUCAGUUAUAUAUAGGUUGUUCUUGUUGAAAUUUAAAUCUAAGUCGUUAAGUGAUAGCAUUGUUGUUGUGAUAUCAGGUGGGAUUUAUUUACUCCACGAGUAAGUCAAAAAACUUACUCCAAAUCUUAGCCAUCAAUUUAAUUAAAAACAAACGGUUGAGAUUUUAAUUUAAAACCAAUCACGUGCCUCACUUCACGUUUAUUCUU